AUGUCGCAUCCAACCCAUCAAUCUCACGGCAACCGCCUACUACCCUCGCUCGUGGAUGAGAUCGCUGUAACAGAUCCGGGCCGGGUCUUUUACUCAAUCACCAAGACGCAAGAUCCUGCCGAUGGGUUCCAAGACAUCACUGCCGCAGAAGUAGCCCGAGGCGUUCAUCGCUGUGCUUGGCACAUCGAGGAGCAUCUCGGUCGCGGCGAAAACUUCCCUACGCUUGCAUUCAUAGGACCUCAAACCCCAAUCUACGCUAUUGUUGUUCUCGCUUGUAUCAAGACUGGAUACAAACCUCUGCUUUUGGCUCCUCGGAAUACACCCGAAGCGAGUUUAUCACUUCUGGAGCAGACCAACUGCAGCACCAUUCUACUCCCCCCAGUCUUCCCCCUGCCUGUCAUUGGCGAGCUGGUGCAGAAGCACAGAAUGAAUGUCCUUGAAAUUCCCGCUCUGCAACACUGGCUUGACGACGGGUCUGACAAGCCCUACCCUUUUGACAAAACCUUUGAAGAAGCAAGGACUGAUCCAAUCGUCGUGCUGCAAACCUCGGGCUCGACGGGAAUGCCAAAGCCAAUCACCAUAACACACGGUACAUUUGCAGCGAUAGACUCGUAUCUGGAAGUACCGUCGUUGGCUUAUCCUAACAUGUGUGCUGGUUCUCGGCUAUAUGUGGCCUUUCCAGUUUGCCACUCAGGUGGAUUGACGAAUUUGCUUCCAGGAUGCAUCUACGCAGAGUUCACAAUGGUAUUUGCACCAUUUCCGCCUACUUCCGCCAUUAUAAACGGCGUGCAUAUACAUGGCAACGUGCGACAAAGCGGUAUAACCCCCAUGAUGCUUACAGAUCUUGUCAAGAAUCCGGAGUACCUUGAAAAUCUCAAACGACUUGAUCUUAUUCCUUAUGGAGGCGGACCAAUUCCAACAGCAGUAGGAGACAUCAUUAGUUCAAAGACGAGGCUAUUCAACUGCAUGGGAACAACAGAAUGCGGCCCGCUUCCUUCUCUACUCUGUGAUGAAGAAGACUGGGCCUAUUGCAACUUUAGUCCCGUUCUUGGCUCUGAAUUUCGUCAUGUUGCCGACGGUCUCUACGAGCAUUUCAUUAUACGCGAUCCCAAGAGUACCCGAUACCAGCCCAUUUUCGAAACAUUCCCUGAGCUAGACGAGUGGCCGAUGAGAGAUCUUUAUUCCAAGCAUCCUACCAAAAAGGAUCACUGGUUGUACAGAGGACGCGCCGACGAUAUAAUUGUAUUUGCGUCAGGUCAGAACCUGAACCCUAUUCCUGUGGAAGACACAGUUACUCCCAACCCUGCAGUCAGCGCAGCGCUUCUGAUCGGUACCUCUCGUUCACAGUCUGGUCUCUUGGUAGAGGCGAUCACUCCACCUACUAACGAUACCGAGCGUAAAAGGCUGCUGGAUGAUAUUUGGGAAUCUAUUGAGGCUGCGAACAUAUCUAUCCCGACCGAAAGCUUGAAGGUUCGACGAAAUAUGGUUAUUUUCACCACUAUUGAGAAACCUAUGUUGAGAGCUGGAAAAGGGACUGUGCAGCGCAAGUUGACCAUGGAUGCGUACUCGUCUGAGAUUGAUGCUUUAUAUAAAGCCCACGGCGACUCCAAAUUAGGGCCAUACCACGGUUUUAUCAACGGGCAGGAUUGA